AUGUCGUCCUCCGACUUUCACAAUGAAGGCCAGGGCACCGCCUCCGAAGCUUACCACCCCGAGAUCGAACCUGCUCGUCUCGAUGGCGAUGAUGUUUCACAACACUCUAAGAUCCUGACGGACCACGAUGGUGACCUUGUCACGGUUUUGGAAACGCAGGCCUUGCAGCGUGGCCUGAAGCAGCGCCACUUGUCCAUGUUGGGAAUCGCAGGAUCAAUUGGAACGGGGCUUUUUCUCGGCCUCGGCGGCGCGGUGCAAACAGGCGGUCCGCUUGGCGCACUCCUCGGAUACACCGUGGUCGGCCUGGUGGUGUGUGCCGUGCAGUUCGCACUUGGUGAGGUUUCGGCAUUGUUGCCAGUGACAGGUUCUUUCGUACGACAUGCCGAGUUCCUUGUCGACCCAGCCCUCGGUUUCGCCAUCGGUUGGAACCUCGUCUAUGGUAACCUCCUAUCAAUCCCGUCCGAGAUCACGGCCAUCUGUGUACUCUUCGAGUUUUGGACCGACAUAAAUCCCAUUGUGUGGAUCGUUGUAUUCAUCAUACUUACCCUAACAGUGGGCUUCUCCCUCGUCCGCAUCUUUGGUGAAGUCGAAUUCGUGUUCGCCGCGCUCAAAAUCGCUCUAGUGGUCUUUCUCAUUAUUCUGGGGUUGGUUAUCAACCUAGGUGGUACCCCGGGUUCACCACGAAUCGGGUUUUCGUACUGGAAUAAUCCCGGACCCUUUGUCGAGUACAUUGCAUCUGGAAACUUGGGCAAAUUCCUCGGAUUUUGGGGCGUGCUGACCAGCGCCGUUUUUUCUUUCGCGGGUGUCGAGUCGCUUGCUAUGGCGGCUGCUGAAACUUGCUCGCCGCGCCGCGCCAUACCACGCGCAUGCAAACGUGUCUUUGCUCGAGUUUUACUCUUCUACAUUCUCGCUGUGCUGAUAGUCGGCAUGCUAGUACGUAGUGAUGACGAACGCCUCGAUGGUAGUGGCUACACUUCAGCGCAGAGUCCUUUCGUCAUUGCCGCCAGCGCUGCCGGGUAUCCAGCCAUCGCUAGCGUUGUAAAUGCGGUCGUCAUCACAAGUGCAUGGAGUGCUGGUAAUCAGAGUCUGCUGGCGGGUACGCGUGUUCUCUAUGGUCUGGCUCUCAAAGGACAGGCCCCCAAAAUAUUCCUCAGGACGACGCGCUGGGGAACCCCCUAUUGCGAUGACUGUCUUCUGGUGGCUGGUGGACCUUACCGCUGCGGGCGUUCUGGUUUCGUGGUCGGCGAUCCUACUAAAUCAUAUUCGAUUGCGGAUGGCUAUGAGAAGACAAGGAAUCCCUACGAACAGGCUUCCCUGGUAUAA